AUAUAUAUAUAUUUUACCCUCCACCCAAUUCAUCCCAUAUAUCACCACUACAAACACCUCAAAAGUUGCAUUAAACAAAAAUGGGAUUAGAGGACAUCUACAGCACCAGACUCACUCUCAGCCUAGGAUCCGAUGAUGUUCCUCAUCGUGAAUACGAUGAUCAUCUUCAUCGCCGCCAUGUUUAUCGGCAAAACAAGAGAUCAAAGCCUUCCCCGAUAUCCCACAACUAUCUCCCGUCCCUCUCGCUGGGAUUGCCGUGGGAGCUGAAAUUUGAAGCUAUGAACGACUGUUGCCUGCAGCAGGCUUCUCCGGCGCCGCCGUCGUCGUUCUCCGACUCGAGUUUGAAGAGGGAACGAGAGAUCAGCGCCGGCGAAGAUGAUGAACUUGAGGCUGAGGAGAAAGGGUCUCCCGGAGAUGAGUACCAGGAUGAAGAGGUUGUCGGUACGAGGAAGAAACUUAGGCUGAACAAAGAACAGUCUGUUGUCUUGGAAGACAGCUUCAAACAACACACCACCCUCAAUUCUAAACAGAAGCAAGAAUUGGCGAGAAGGCUAAGUUUACGGCCACGACAAGUGGAAGUGUGGUUCCAGAAUCGAAGAGCGAGGACGAAACUGAAGCAGACAGAAGUGGACUAUGAAGUACUAAGGAAGUGCUACGAAACCCUCACGGAUGAGAACAGAAGGCUGCACAAGGAACUGCAGGAGCUCAAAGCAGCGAACCAGACUGCGGCGCCGCCGUUUCACAUGGCGGCGACGCUCUCCAUGUGCCCUUCCUGCGAGAGGACUUACGUUGGUUCCACAGACAGCUCUGCCAAAUUCUCUAUCUCCGCCGCCGCCGGAGGAAAAUCUCACUUUUUCCGAUCAUUCUUGAAUCCCUCCGCGGCUUGUUAGAAAGAUCAGAGGUGGACUUCUGUAAAAUUUUAUUAUAUAUGUGUGUAGAGAAUAUUGUAUUGUAAACUCGAAAUGAUUUAAUUCAAAUGAAUAUUUUACAGAAGA